AUUCCUAGCCGAGCCCGUCUUACCCUACCUCAUUACCUCACUUUGCGAGUGUUGGAGCUACGAGCUGGAAACCAGCAAAGUCGUCUCCACUCAGUUUGGGAGAGGACAACCUUGUCAUUAUGUCAACAAGCAGAGCACUAUAACAUCGGCUUGUACAUUGAAGACUUAUCAGCAGUUUUGAGUGUUGCAUGUCAUCUCUCACUUUAUUAUCCUGUCAUGGAUUUAGGCAUUUUUGCAAGCUAUGCUCAAUCCAAGCGCCCCUUUUUAAAAGCCUCUUUAAAGAUUUACAUCCUUUUCAGACUCUUGCCAUUAGAAUUAUUUUCCUGGUUUAUUUGUAUAGAAGAAAUAUUCACGUGUUUGGGACUAUUGUCCGUUUUCAUAGCUGGAAAUAUAUAGGAAAUACAUAAUUCAUGAUGUACAUAUUAAUUUUAGACUGAUCUUUUUCUAUUUGCAGUCCUUGGAGUAUUUGCAAAGAAAGUAAUACAGAAGAGAACACAGUUUGGUCCUUAUGUUGGUCAACUGUCUACAAAACUGACCCGCUAUGAUGAGAGCAGGCUAGUCCUGCAGGUAUUGAAAGAUGGAGGGAAGUACUUUCUGGACACUCCCAAUGAGGACUGUGGAAACUGGAUGAUGUUUGUCCGGUUAGCCCGGAACCAAGAAGAACAGACUCUGGUGGCUUAUCAGCACUGCGGAGAAGUCUACUUCACAACUGUUAAGCCAAUUGAACCCCAGACAGAAUUAAAAGUAUGGUAUGCUGCCGAUUAUGCCAAAUUUAUGGAAGCUUCUGCAGUCUUCAUUAAAGAAGAGUCUGACGUCUGCCCUUUGUCUCCAGUAACAACAAAAGAGCCCGUAGACCCUUGGAUAUGCUCCAGCUGUAGAAACGCUUUUGCAACUUUUGCUCUGCUGGAAUCUCACCAGUGCAUCAAUAAAGAUCGAGUCCUUACCACCAGGUUCAGACCACCAAAUAAAUUGGGACCUGUAAAAGCAAAAAGCAAACUCAAAGGGAAACUGAGAGGAACGGCAUUAGGCAAAAGCAUCGCACAGUGCUAUGGGACCAUUUCCUGUUCCUCUGCUGCAAAGCUUAGCUGUGCCAGCUCAGGAAGCACUUGUGAUGCUCUUGUGAGGUUUAUACCUAAAUGGAGAAAUGGCCGGUCUUCACUGUUGAAGGGAAGAGAAGUGAAGCAGCCAGACAAUUACCCUUGCCGACUCUGUGGGAAGAUAUUUGAUUCCAUUGAAAAGCUCACAGUCCACACUUACGCGCACAAAGGGGAGCACCCCUACAAGUGUUCACAGCACGGAUGCACAAAAGCCUUCAUUUCCAAAUAUAAACUGCUCAGGCACUCAGCCACUCAUUCUCCCCAGAAAUCUCACCAGUGUGGCUAUUGUGAAAAGACGUUUCACAGGAAAGACCAUCUGAAGAAUCACCUUCAAACUCAUGACCCUAACAAGAUGGCCUUCAAGUGUGAAGAGUGUGGCAAGAAGUACAACACCAAGCUAGGCUAUAAGAGACACUUGGCUCUUCAUGCAGCCACCAGCGGGGACCUUACCUGCAGGGUAUGUGCCCAAGAGUUUGGUGGUACCGAAGUGUUGUUGGAACACCUUAAAAGUCACGCAGGAAAACCAACUGGCAAUACCAAGGAAAAGAAACACAAGUGUGACCAUUGUGAGCGUCACUUCUAUACCCGUAAAGAUGUGCGGCGACACAUGGUAGUUCACACAGGCUGCAAGGACUUUCUAUGUCAGUUUUGUGCCCAGAGGUUUGGGCGGAAGGACCACUUGACUCGUCAUACUAGGAAGACUCAUCCACAAGAGCUGCUGAAGAGCAGGUUGCAGAAUGGUGACUCCUUGGGUCUCCUUGACCAGCUUCUUCCAUUCAGACUGAAGGAAGAUGCCAGCCUACUGUCCUCUUUUCCUGACAGGGUCUCUAUGCAGAAUGGGGUUCUGAGUAGCUCAGAACCAGAGGAAUACAACUGUUCUCAUCUUCACUCCCAGCCAAACUUACCAGCUGCUCUUCCUCUUGAACCUGCUCCUCAUUUACAAAGGAUGGGCUGCGUAGACAGCCUUCCAGCUGUUCAUGCUACACCAUGCCCGACAACCAUUCCUGCCAACCUGAACCUUCAUCAGCCUAAUAAGUACGACCUUAGUUCUACCUCAUUUGCAGCAGGAUCCCUCAAGAAUCUGCCAAUCAAAGUGGAUGUUAAAGGUUACAAUGUGCAUCUUGUUGAGGACCUGCCGUCAUCAGAACCUCAGUCGCUUCACAAAAUCCAUCUGGAAGAAGCUUCCUCAGGGCCUGCAGGUGAUACUAGUAAGUACCCAGUGCACAAGGAGACAGAGACUGCAGCUGAAGCUACCAGCAUGCCUUUCAUGGAUCUCACUCACAUAAUGAGUUUCUGGCAGCACCCACCGUGCGACAACCAGAGUGCUACUGGGGACAUCACAAUGGCAUUCAGUCCAGAAGAACCAUCACACAGGCUGAAUGGCCUUGGCCAGCAGCAAGGUCCACAGCUCGCUACUGGUGGCAUGGCCAUAAACCAGCUGCAUCAUGUUCCUCGCUCCUUUCCGUCCACUACAAAUUCUGUAACAUUGCCUCAUUUUCACCAUGCCUUUAAAUAACUACCAGCUUUUUGAGGGGAGGGGAGGGAGGUUGGUUGGUUGUUUGGGAUUUUCUUUUUAGACUGUGCUUCUUAAAUCUGUUAGGAAAGUUUUGGGGUUUGUUUUUUGUUUUCUCAUUAAAAAAACUGCCCCAAAUGUUUUCAAAGUGCAUUAUAAACACAGUAGAUAGAUAGAUAAAUUCAGAAUGUUAAUACAAGACGCUCUAUUUUCAUACUACGAUUAGUUUUUAGCAUAUGCCAAGAGUAAGACUAACAUAUUUCCCUCAACACUCUCCAUGUUUUUGUUUCUUACAUUUCAACUGAACAACUGAAUAAAUAUCUUCAAUAGAAAUUCAAAGCAUCCAUCACAGGCACAGUAAAAUUAUGGCUGCUAUGGUAGGAGAGAGGGGGUUAGGGUGAAUGGGAAGAAGGGGAGAAAAAAAAAAAAUCACAGAAAAACAUGACUGUAAUGAGCCAUAAAUCACUGUAAAUUUAUACAUAAAACAAAUUGUUAAUACGAACAAUUUAUGAACACACAGAUUUCAGUGUAAAGCACUUACUUAAUAGUGAACUUUUUGAUUUAAAUUAAAAAUUCAUAAUCAUUCCAGGAGGAAAUAUUAUCUCCUUGUUUAGCUUUUUUAAAAAGAAGUAAAUCACUCUUGUGAUUAUGGUUAACUAGAUUUCAUUUUCUGAAAUGCACUUCAGCUGUGUGCAUUUCCUGCAUUAUUCCUACCACUGCUGCCUGAUUAUAUAAGAACAGAUGCCUAGUAUACAUGGCGCUUUCAGAAGGGGAAGUGAACUGUCUCAAAGGUUACAACAAAACGUAUCAUUUCUAUUUAGAACUUGAUCUGGUGAGAUAUUAGACACUGGUCUCACUCUAGUAGAGCACUUAAGUAAUUGCUUAAAUUUAAGCCUGUGUUGGCUCAACACCUUGCUUGAUUUAACACUCAGUAAAAAUAGAACUUCCUAACUAAGGAGCCCUUAGGUCACCUUCUGUUGAUAAAAAUGGCCUCUGUUUAGUCUGGAAAAUUAUUAUUAAUUAUAGCCAUCUGAAACUUGGAUUCUUUGACAGAUCGCCAGCCCUGGCAAGGCAGCCUGCACAGGGGAGCCUCCAGCCGAGCUGAGCUUCUGUUGAGCCAAUGAUGUCCAUCCCAUGUGCCCAAGGGUGGUGGUGGUCACCUCACCCACCUCGCCCUGGGCACUAUUCAAAGCCACGGGAUGUGAACCUACCUCAAAAUUGUCACUGAAAUGAGCUGGAAUGAUAAUGGUCACAGUCAUUUUAAUUCUGUGGGUUUUCCUCAAUAAUUUUGGAGAGUUACCCUUUGCCUUUGUUUCUUCCAAGCCAGGACAUGGGGAUUUUGUUUGUUUCUUUUGGUAGGUUGUCCACAUAUAUCUCCAGCUGAAAGGGUAUUGGUGUCACAGUCCAUUACCCUGACACAUGAACUAGACAUCUCCCAGUAAACAUUGUUAAAAAAAAAAAAAAGAAA